AGGACAUGGUCCGAGACAUCCUCGUGCCGCCCAAACCCGGUUAUCUGCAAACGACAAACGAUGUCAAGUGGAUUAACGAUGAGCGUCUACCUUAACGCCUCGCACCAUUUUGAGAACAUGGAAUAGCUUUGUGAAAGAUUUAUUUGGCAAUUAUUUUUCUGCACAGAAAAUGAUUAAAUUAGGAUUUUCUUUGCGGAGGAGACUGAGCCAAGGAGCGACAUGAGACAUCAAUCGCCAACAGUUCGUUCAUAAUCAAGAAAUAGCAGUCUAACAUUUGUGGAAAAUGAAUCCUUCUGCCUAUAUUUGUUUAAGUUUUUUGCGUGUCGCUGUGAAUUUCCAAGUAGUCUUUAAUUUCCAUUUGAAGGACACACCAACUCUUGGGUCUAAAAAUACACCCAGAAUUCUAAACAAUGAUAUAAUCAGUGGUGGAUUUGAAUAUGCAGUUAAUCAGAACCACAGCGUGUUUUCAUACCAGGAUGAUACAGCUGAAUUGUAUGUGGGAGGUUCGGACUUUGUGUUAAAACUUGAUGUGAGCGACUGCCACAUAGUAGAGAACUAUCCUCUGAAACCGAACGGCCAUCAGUGGUGUGAUGAGGGUCCCUGUAAAAAUGUUAUCACUGUCAUUGAGAAGUUUCAGGAUAGCCUGUUCGUAUGCGGAACAAAUGGAAACAAACCACAGUGUUGGAAAAUUUUUCCUUCGGUAAACAAUCGGUCUCAUGAGAUAGUGGAGAGUUACGAGGGGACAGGUGUCUCUCCAUUUGUCUACACUCAGAACUGCUUGUCGCUCACAGUAGAAGGGGAUCUUUAUGCAGCAACACCUUUAGAUGUUGAUGGGAGUUCAUUACAGUUCAGACGAAAUGCUGGAAGCAGAACUAAUGUCUGGAUGUACGAUAACUGGGUUUCAGAGCCCACGUUCAUCUGUGCAUCCUGGGUAAAGCAAGAAGAUGACCCUGACAAUGAGAAAAUUUACAUCUUUUUCCGUGAAAGGAACUCGGACCACAACCCAGAAGCUGAUCCCUGGAUCUCUCGGGUUGCUAGAGUUUGUAAGGUAGAUGAAGGUGGCUCAAAAAGAUUCUUCCAGAACAUGUGGACAUCCUUUCUUAAGGCUCGACUUGUCUGUGGUUUUCCAGAGGAGUCCCUGUAUUUCAACCACCUCCAAGAUGUCUACGUGAUACACGCAAAGGACUGGCGUGAUACAAGAGUCUAUGCGCUUUUUACAAGCAGCUGGAACUCCACUGCAGUGUGUAUUUAUUCAAUAGAAAAGAUUGAAGAAAUAUUUGAGAAUUCAACUUUCAAGGGCUAUGACAAGGACAUUCCUAACCCCAGGCCAGGAGCGUGUGUAAAGAACAGCAGGAUUCUGCCACAGACCACCCUCAGUAUUGUGAAAGAUCACCCAGAAAUGAAAGACUGGGUUCACUCCCUGCAUUACACAUCACCCUUUUACAUAAGCAACAAUAAUUACACUAAAAUAGCUGUUGACCAGGUCCAAGCAGCAGACCAGCACACAUAUAAUGUUCUGCUCCUAGGUACAGAUUCCGGUAAAAUCCAUAAAGUCUUAGAAGCUGGCUCAGAGCCUUUCAUCAUCUCCGAAACCCAACUCCCCAACAAUUCAACCAUACAAGCAAUGAAGCUUGACCAUAUAAAGAAAAAGUUAGUUGUGGGAUUUUCUGAGAAAAUCUUCAUCGUGGACCUCCAGAGAUGUGAAGAGUAUAACAACUCAUGUGCUGAAUGUGUCCUGGCGCGGGACCCGUAUUGUUCCUGGACUGCAUUAGGAUGCACCCCAACUGUCACUGGAGGGAUUCAAAAUGUCAUUAAUGGACAAAUAAGUGUGUGCCCUCCAACAACAGAAGACCAAAAGCAAGUAAUACGGUCCAAACGAGACGAUGCUUCAACAAUGAAUAUAAGGACAGUUCAUUCAGUCCACCAGGGUGUCCCUUUUUACCUAUCCUGCCCUAUAGACUCUUACCAUGCUGUGUACACCUGGAAGCAUGGAAACCAUAGCAGUCCUUGUCUGCAGAUGCAUUCUAACUGUCUGCACCUCAUUCCUUCCAUGGCAAAGGAAAACUAUGGCAACUAUGACUGCCUCUCCAAAGAGAGAGACCACAUGAAAGUGGUGAAAACAUAUCAGCUUACAGAGCAAAUAAUUCCUCUUAAAGAAAAGCACAUUGAAAGAAACAACCAUAUUAAUGAAGGAAACAAAGCAUCAGGUCUUGUUCCACAGACAAUAUUGGUCACACUGCAGGCCGUAGCAGUGUGGGGAAUUUACACAUAACUUGUGCAAAUAAUUAAAACAUAACAAAACCUUCUAGCUAGAUGGUCAGCUAUCAGCUCUUUUAAGUUGUUUUCUGGUAUGGACAGAUGCAGCACUAAUGAAUACUUCACUUUAAAACCAGUGAACCUGCUGGACAAAUGAAAGCUCCAGUCAUGUCAGCAUAAUUGUGCAUAUGAAAACAUUUAGCUGUGCUUGGCAGAACAGUCCACAGGAACCCUUCACAGUCAAGUAUGUUUUAAAUAGAAACCAGAACAGGAUAAGGUAAUUGAGGUGAAAAGAAUGCAACAGGUCAACAGCAGAGCAUAUGUUGAAUGUUGUGAGGAGUGUAUAAGCUGAAAGGGUUUUUGCUAACUUGUAUGAGAUGCUCUAAGAGAGGUAACCCUUUAACAGCCCCCUCUACUAUUUAGUAGAGCAAAUUUUUCAAUAGCUAUAAUAAAUUUUAAUUAAGUUUAGUGGAAGUAAACCUGCCCGGGUUAUCUCUAUUACUUGGUUUCGGUAUGUAAUACCCAAAGCAAGUCUUUCUUAUCCCCUUACUGUGGGGACCAUUUCACUAUUGUUACUAUAUUAUGAAAUGCCGUCUCAACCAUUUGUAAAAAAAAAAAAAAAAAACACUUUUAUUCUUAUUAUUAUUGUCCAAAAGAAAAAGAAAAAUAGCAAAGAAACAUUUUUCUUUUGCUUCUUUUGUGGGGACAGUAGUGGCUAAGGUGAAGCUGGCCAUUCAAUAAUUGGAGGGGUGGCAGUUCGAAUCCUGCUUCAUCUCUAUCAAUCUGUCGUGUCCUUGGGCAAGACACCUCACCCUCCUUGCCUCCAGUGUCAGCAUUACUGGUGAAUAUUUCUUUUAAUGGUCGUUGGAGCAGGUGUGGCUGCCAUUUUUUCUGUCAGUCUCCCCCAGAGCAGCUGUGUCUACACAUGUAGCUUACCACUACAGAGUAUGAAUGAGGAGCAAAUGAAGGAUUCAUUUUUAAGCAUUUUGGAUGUCAUGAAGAAAGCACAAUGUAAACUGAAUCCAUUAUUAUGUUUUAGUUAAAGCAAAAUAAGGUGAUACAAGCAAUCUAUGAACUGGAGUUUCUUAUAGAUGACAGUUUAGUCUGUUUUUACAGAACACAUGCCAAUGUUUGACUGCAUAAAAGUUUCUGCUGUGUUAGGGUGGUUUUAAUGUCUUGCAUAUUCCUCCAGCCUCACAAACUACAAAAUUGUAAAGCUCUUGAGUGGUUUCCUUCUUUUCCUGCCUCCAUUGUAUGAGAGGAUUUUACGGAAUUGUGGAAGCAGCUCAGGAAUCCUACUAAAUCAGUGUCCAGGUCCUCGGGACCCCUGCCCUGCAUGUUUUAGAUGUAAUCCUACUUUAACAACUAAAUUAACUGAAUGGCUCAUUAACAGGCUGAAAAUAACUUGAUGAGGAAGUUCAUUAAUUUGAAUCCAGUGUGUUGGAGUAGGAGCACGCCAAAGACAUGCAGAGCAAGUGGUCCCGAGGACCUGGAUUGGGGAAACUAAAUUAUCCUGUUUCAACGCAGCCAGUAUUUGGACAAGCAUCUGAAAAAAUGUGCAGUUUAAUUAGAGUUGCAGAGUGUAUGAAAACAAACAUUUGACAGCAACAACUCAUGCUGAUGCGUGAGCAUGCACUGCAUGAUUGCCUUUUGUCAAUCUGCCAGGGAAGUUUUUAAUGUGUUAUUGUAAUGAUUAAUGUUAAACCUGCUUUAUUAGUAAUACAAGAAAAGGUUGAUCAGGGAACUAGUUCAGCAAUAAGUCUUAAAAAGCAUUAAAAUUUAAAAUGUUUAAAAACACAAAUCCCCAGGGUGUUGUGAAAUUAAAUGAGCUACUGUGCCUUUUAAUGCUUUCAGUGUUGCGAGUUCAACAUAUAUGUGUAAAAGAUGUUACUGGAAUAUAAACAAUGCAAUACUCUUGAAUGCAAACAUAAUAAGAUAAUACAUUUUUGUGUUAUGUGCAGCCCUGCAUAUGAGUAAAGCUGAUAUGAAACGUUAAAGGUAAUUUAGAAAAACGCUUUGUUACAGUUCAUUUAAACCUUGUAUUUAACUGAUAAUAGUGCAGACUACAUUUUAAUUGCUAAAAGAGAUCAAUUGAAUUGUUUAAUGAAAAAUUUGGAUUUUGAUACAAACACAUUUUCAGAAAAGCAAAGGCAACAAAAGAAAACAAACGUUUGGAUCUGGAUCAAAGCUAAUUAGGAUGAGCAUUAUGAUUUUGCAGAUUGUUUUUGGAUUGUAUCAUUUAUCUAGCAUGAUAUGCUAAUGUUAACAUGAUAUGACCACAUAGAGAAGUAUUCAGUGAUGUGAAAAGCUUUUUUUAACUGGUGAAUGCCUUCUUCUUAGAACUGAAGAGAGAGGAGACCACCAGUCUUGUUUUCUGUUUAAUAUCUAUUACUUUGUUUAAUUUUUUACAGUAUUCCAGAUCUUUUGAAAACAAGGCACUGAAGGAUAUGUUCUGUCAUUUGUGUUAUUGUUAUUGUUUUGUUUAAUUUUUAAUAUUUUUUUGUAAUUAUUUUAGCUCUAAUAGAGAUUUUACUUUGUAAGAAACAAAUGUUUAUUUCUGUACUGCUUUAACUAAAAAUACUGAAUAUUUAAUAAAUGCUAUGAAUUGAUUUAGUUAUUUAAAAAAUGAAGCUAAAACUGGGUUGUGAACAGUAUCUCAGAGUCAUAUCUCUUUCAGUCUUGAAGUGGUGUCAAGGAAGUUCUGUGCUUCAUCACAGUGGAAAACUCUUCCAUCACAACACUCAGUGAGGUACUUGCAGCUUGGUGAGAGGUCAGACAGUGCUUUAAGACCCAUGAGCUUAAUCUGCCUUUCCUGGAUCUCAAGUCUCAGCACUCUUAACGGUGACCAAAUGAGUACAUCCUGUUUACACACAGAGUUCAACAACACUCUCCACUUCUAUAAUGCCUGCAGAACUAAUGAUACUUCUGAGCUUUUACUUGGCUGCAAUGCCAACAUGCUAGCUACAGGAUAUGUCCACACCUUGCUGUUGUUACUUUGGUUGGAAGAAAUGACCAACCACUCUCAUUUGCCUGUAGAUGGACAUCAUGGUAUGGGUGGAACUAUUGCCUCACAUGUCGUCAUGUAUGUGAGUUUGUCUGGUGUGUCCACCCAUAAUAAUAAAUUCCUGGCCCUCAUCUUAUGUUGUGGAAUGAAAACAGAAACAUGUCAAAUGGUUCCAUAACAACAAUGAAUGAGCAUCACCGAUAGGAUUUAACUUAGGCCUACUUAAAGAACGCAGUAUCUUAUCUUGUACUGUAGCCAGGAGACAAGAUGGUGCCAAGCAGAAGUCUAAGCUGGCAGAUACAGGGAGUGUGACCUGCUGGCUAUGCUGUUUUCUGAUAAAAGAAAACCUUGAUCUCUUUAGACUGUAUGCAUUUAAGAUUUCCUGAGUAACUUACACUUUCACUGGAAAGUAAAACAAAAAAGAAGAAAAACAACUUACACUGGAAAGUGCA